AUGAGUCCUAACACCUCCUUCAUUGCAUCGUCCUCUCCAGAAUGGAUUUCUUCAGACAACAGCAACAACCACUGCGAUAUCAACAAUAAUCACUCCAUGAAUCAACACAUGCACCACCCAUCGCUCAAAGAUGCUUUGAAGGCUCUGAUUACAACAUGUGGUAUGGAAUACACGAUUAGACAAUUAAUGGGAUGUGGAACUUCGGAAUACUUGAAAUAUGUCCCAAAACAUGAAUUAAUAGCCUUGUGUUGGUAUAUGCGUGUCGAGAAGGAACAAAUUAUUCGAGGCUAUCGAAUGGAAGGUACACAGAUUUUGGUUGAAGCCUUAUUGCAAAUAGCACCUAUUGUUGGAUCUUCAGAACAACAACAAUUGAGUUUAAGAGAGUUUUUGAGUGCAACCUCUUAUCUGUAUGAUGUGAUUAAGGGAAAAGAACAAGUAUUUUCUUGCAAUCAACAAGAGGAAGAAGAUCAAUCCUCUCCAGAUGAUACCAAUCAAGAAAGAAUUCAGAAUAGUUUUUCACCUUCUGAGAAUCAAUAA